AUGGGUAAUAACAUUCCCUCCAAUUUCGGUAGCCACAGCAACUACCUCAGAUCGUCUCGACACAUUCAAGACGAAUAUCACCCUCACACCGGAGACACACAAUCACCUGUCAUCGAUGACGAGCCAUGGCAGCCUUUCAGCUGUCGUGCAGACUUCGAGUUUGCUGAACUCGCCCACCGAGCUGCCUUGAGCAAAGACCAAACUAAUGAACUACUCAAGUUCAUCUGGAGAGUUGCGGAUGGUCGCACGAACUUUACUUUCAAAACUCACAAUGACGUGUCAGCUGCAUGGACGAGGGCAUCCAGCCAACUGACUCCUUUUGAAAGACAUGUUGUACCUGUUGAGUAUAAGAAGGAAAACAUCGAGUAUGAAGUAUAUUCACGACCACUAUGGGACUGGGCAUUGGACCUCUUGGAUAACCCCUUGCUAGCACCGCAGUUCGUUUGGGAUGCCCAGCGACUGUACAAACAUGACGGAACUGAUUUUGAACGCUUCUUCCAUGAGCCAUGGACAGGAGACCGCUGGUGGGACUUACAAACAUCUUUGCCCCAUAAUGGUGCGCCAUUCGCAUUUAUACUGUAUGCUGACAAAACGCACCUUUCGUCGGCCGGUGCUGUCAAGGCAUACCCAGUAAUCGCACGCUGCGGGAAUCUGCCUUUGAAAUCAGGAAUGUUGAUGGUCCUGGAGGAGGACUUAGUGGGUUGGUUGCCAAUAGUUCCUGCAGACUCAGACGAGGAUGGCAAGCUGUCCUAUACGAAUUUAAAGAAGGUUCUCAUCUCCAAAACUGGCUUCGCGCACCAAUGCUAUGAUGGAAUUCUACGCUGGUUAUUUCCACUAAUACUGAUUUUAUCGGCCGAUUACGAAGAGCAGUGUGUGAUGGCCCUGAUACGAGGGUUCAACUCUGCAUGUCCUUGCCCUAUUUGCCUUGUCCCGAAGGACAAGCUCACCGACCAUUCUACGAUAUACCCUACCCACGUCAUUGAUGAUGCACAAGCUUGUGUCCGAUUGUGGAACAUGGACCGUACCGCUGGUGAGGCGGCACUAAAAAAGCAGAGUCUAAGGCCUGUCGAUAACUCUUUGUGGAUUGUUGAACGGUCCAGCCCGCAUGACGCACUCUCGCAAGAUACCUUGCACGCUUACGACAGUGGUUUGUUUGGCGAUCACAUGUUCGAGGAAGUCAAGGCCCACCUGAAAACACUGGGACGUACUGCUGAGAAGACGACUGAUGACCAGUUCGCUGCGUUUCCGCGAUGGCGAAACCUAAACCACUUCGACCACGUUACAAACAUCAGUUUUUCCGAUGGCAACAAGUUCCUGGAUAUAUCUAAGCAAAUAUUGUAUACAACACAGAACGUGCUCACACGCAAAGAUGACGAAGCUGGUUAUGCACUUCUAAAGUGCAUAGCCAGCUAUCUCCAUGCCUACAUGUAUAUAACAUUUGACGUUCACACAGAAAGCACUAUUGCAGCUGGGGAGGCCGAGAUUCUCGUUUUCCAGAAGUGCUUAGAUGUAACAAUAUAUGAAGUUCUCGGUGACGAAGCGACAAAAAACUGGAAUUUUCCGAAGGCGCACUCAAUGAGGCACAUAUUUUCUGACAUUAGGGCAAAAGGAGCUGCGCGAAACUUUAGUACGCGGCCAAACGAGAAGCAUCAUGGGCCGAUCAAGAGGGCCUAUAAACUGCAAACAAAUGGCAAAGAUAUCGCAAACCAGUCCUCCGCAACCGCAUCGAUCAUUUCGAUGAUGAAACGCAAGGCCAUACUUUCGGAGAGAGAGCUUGAGACAGAGGACCUGGAUGAUCGGUCUUUUGGCGGACAUAUUCACCUUGGCGCUCCUCAGUCCGCAAUAACCUUUGCACAGCUUGAAAACGACAAUGUGUCCAACGUGCCUUUGGGCAGUUCCGCAAAAAGCUCUCGACCUUCCUUAAUCACGCUCUACCUGCAUACAAUAUACCAUUACCUGAUGGCAAAACCUUACUACCACCACCUGCGCUGCAACCCGAGCUUUCAUGGCCGUGAACGACGUGACUGUGCCCUUGUUCGCACCCAGGACAAAGAUGGGAAUAAUAAGAACAUUUUUGUUCGCAUUUUAUUCAUGUUCAAGCAAUCAAUUGGCAGUCAAACAUUGGAUCUCGCCCUAGUUCAACCUAUGGAUGCUCCGACAGGCCCACAACACGCUAUAGAUCAAGAUUUGCGACUGAGACGUCUUUUUAUUACGCUUCACUCGGUUAUUCGUGGUGCAUUACUUGUUCCAGACUUCGCUAGUACAAGGGGCGACUUUUUUCUCGUUGAUUAUGUGGACUCCGACAUGUUCCUUCGUUCACAGAGAUAUAUGUUCUAA